AAAAUGCCAAAAAUGAACAACCAAGGAACCAGAACACAAGCCAGCCUACAAUCUCAGGUAUAGAGACCAUCAGAGAAAAGAAAACCAAUCAAAAACAAUCAACUUGGAGUAAGGAAGUGGAAGAAAUGAUCACACAAGACACACAUACUGACAUAAGCACUAAAGGUAGAAACAUCCAAGAAAACGAACAAAGUAGGGACACUUCUGACACAUUUAUAGCAGCAAGAAUAGACGAUUCAGAUGUAGAAAUGGAGGAACCAGGCACCAGCAGCCGGACAAGAUCUGAAUCCACAUACAAAAAUCAGUCUCAGACCUGGUACCCACACUUGGAAAAUUAG